CCUAUAUUCCAAUACAAUUAUUCCAGUACAAUGACAGACUCGUGUAUAGGGAACUAUACUAGCUACCUAUCUAAUUUAUUGUAGAAAUUCGGGGAUCAAUGAUUGGACAUGCAAAAUAAAAAUACUUUUUCUUGGGUAAAGGAAGAGAUGACUCGAUCCAUUUCUGUAUCGAUCAUGAUAUAUAUAAUAACUCGGGCAUCUAUUUCAAAUGCAUAUCCCAUUUUUGCGCAGCAGGGUUAUGAAAACCCGCGAGAAGCAACGGGACGAAUUGUAUGUGCCAAUUGCCAUUUAGCUAAUAAACUCGUGGAUAUUGAAGUUCCGCAAGCUGUGCUUCCUGAUACUGUAUUUGAAGCAGUUGUUCGAAUCCCUUAUGAUAAGCAACUGAAACAAGUUCUUGCUAAUGGUAAAAAGGGGACUUUGAAUAUGGGGGUUGUUCUCAUUUUACCCGACGGAUUCGAAUUAGCCCCCCUUGAUCGUAUUUCUCCUGAGUUGAAAGAAAAGAUAGGAAAUCUGUCUUUUCAGAGUUAUCGUCCCAAUAAAAGAAAUAUUAUUGUGAUAGGUCCUGUUCCCGGUCAGAAAUAUAGUGAAAUCGUCUUUCCCAUUCUUUCCCCCGACCCUGCUACGAAGAAAGACGUUCACUUCUUAAAAUAUCCCAUAUACGUAGGUGGGAACAGAGGAAGGGGUCAGAUUUAUCCUGAUGGUAGCAAAAGUAACAAUACAGUCUAUAAUGCUACAUCAGCAGGUAUAGUAAGCAGAAUAGUACGUAAAGAAAAAGGGGGAUAUGAAAUAACCAUAGUUGAUGCAUCGGAUGGACAUCAAGUGGUUGAUAUUAUACCUCCAGGACCAGAACUUCUUGUUUCAGAGGGUGAAUCCAUCAAGCUUGAUCAACCAUUAACAAGCAAUCCCAAUGUGGGAGGCUUUGGUCAGGGAGAUGCAGAAAUAGUGCUUCAAGACCCAUUACGGGUCCAAGGUCUUUUGUUCUUCUUGGCAUCUGUUAUUUUGGCACAAGUUUUUUUUGUUCUUAAAAAGAAACAGUUUGAAAAGGUUCAAUUGUACGAAAUGAAUUUCUAGGUGCAGAGAUUCCUUAACAUCAAGUUGGUAAAAAGCGCCGAAUUUUUUUUGAUCCAUACAAUUAUGUAUGAUCAAAAAUCUGUUUCGGGAUUUUCCUUGGGAGGUAUCGGGAAGGAAUUGGAAUGUAAUAAUAUCGAUUCAUACAGAAGAAAAGGUUCUCUAUUGAUUCAAACGCUGGGGUAGGGAUAGAGGAAGAGGAAAAAACCGAAGAUUUCACAUAGUACUUUUUUGUUUUUGAUCGAAAAAUCAAUCUGAUUUAUUUCGUACCCUUCGCUCGAUGAGAAAAUGGGUCAGAUUCUACAGGAUCAACAAACCCAUGGGAACUUAAGGAAUGAUGGAAGGGAAUAAAAAGAAAAGAGAGGGAAAGAAAAUCGAAAUGAAAUAAAGAAUAAA